GUUUCUAGCCUGUAUUCUUGACAUCUAUAGCAAGUGUAACAUAUUUAAGCUAUUUUUACUAGCUUCUUCUUGUAAUAUCCAACCACUGAACAUUCUACUUUACUGUCUAUUUCCAAUUUCCAAUUUGUAGUUUAUAUUAUCCUUUAUGUAUUUCAUUUCAACUCUUUUCGUGACUUUCGUCACAUCACAAACUCUUGCUGUUGCUGCACCAGCACCAGCUCUGGCUUCUACGAUUCUUGUCAAGAGAACUCCACAGGAUAUUGCCGAGAUCGAAACAGAACUCGAGGCUUUUGCCGAAAGUAAUUUUUUCAAGCGAUGGCCUCAACGAAGAACUCAAGGCACUCGACGUGCUGGUAAUACCAAUACGAGAAGAAAAGGUACUGCUCAACCUCAACCUCAACCCAAAAAGCGUGUUUCCACUGGCAAUCAAAGAACUGGUGGCAAUCAAAGAGCUGGCGGCAAUAGGAGAGCUGGCGGAAAUAGGAGAGUUGGUGGCAAUCAAAAGACUGGAGGAAAUCAGAAAACUGGUGGCAAUCAAAAUACUGGUGGCAAUCAAAAAACUGGCGGAAACCAAAAAACCGGUGGCAAUCAGAAAACUGGUGGAAAUAAGAAAACCGGUGGAGCAGGCACGGAAGGAACACUUCCCACUGGUGUCCAAGCUUUCGAAAAAAGAUCUGCUACCGCGUACUGUCGUCAAUUUAAUGUCGAUGAAGCAGAUGGUGUUCAACGCAAGGAAGGUGGUCAAACCUGCUCGUCUAUGGAACAAGGACUCAUUCCUGAUGUUAAAAAAAUGGUUUCCACUCUGAUUACCAGCCCAAAGUUUGGUGCAAAAUUGGACGCAUCCAAGGACAACGAAGUUAUCUUGGACAAUAUGAAUCUAUCGACUGGAUUCUUUAGUGAGGCCAACUCGGAAUACUAUUUAGCGCCUCAGACACUUGAUGCAAACGCUGGCAUUAUUGAAGGUCAUCAGCAUAUUACUGUCCAGCUUCUCUUAUCGCAAAAUACUGCACCUGAUCCUCAAAAGUUUGAAUUUUUCAAAGGUAUUAACGAUGUCGCAACUGACGGCCAAAAACGUAAAUUGAGCACCACGAUCCCAGCAGGCCAGUUUAAACAAAAUGGAAUUUACCGUAUUUGCUCUAUUACAGGAUCAGAUACUCAUCAGCCAGUUAUUAUGCCAGUGGCACAACGCGGGUCUCAAGAUGAUUGCAUUCGUGUCGAGGUCAUCAAUGCUGGCUAAAUUUUUCCACUUUGACAUUCAAAUGGAAUGGGCGUCAAUAACCUCGGCAAUCCAGACUGCAAAAUUUCAACUCUUGUUUAAUACAUCUUAUUGUCUGGUCUUCAUCCUGUAUCAUUUUGGGAUGAUGGCUUUAAAUGAAUUUGCAAUCUUUUAAUUUAUUGUC